AUGGCGAAUCUGGACGACUUCGCAUUUUUCAUACCCGCCUACUUUCGUGGACCACCAGCUUUGCUUGACAGUCUUGAGACAGAGACAUCCGUUCUACAAGCGGAUACUGUCAAAGAAUGCUUACCUCUGCUCAAUGCCAUUGAGGAUCCUUCGCGUAGCCCCUUCGACUUUAAUGAGUUCAGCGUGCCUGUACUGGAAAGGGAGAAGCAUAUUGAUUUCCUCCACGAAAACCUAGAGGAGUUCCCAGCACCGUUUGUCGGCCUCGAUGCCAGUCGCCCUUGGAUGGUUUACUGGGCGUUGUUGUCACUUUACAUGCUCGGAGAAGACGUGUCUCGUUACCGCUCAAGGGUUAUCAAAACCUUCUUUUCGAUGCAGAACUCAAGCGGGGGCUUCGGAGGGGGCUUCGGGCAAUAUUCCCAUCUCGCUGGAACGUACGCCGCACUGUUAAGCCUUGCUUUGGUUGGUGGUGAUGAAGCCUAUACACUCAUUGAUCGUGACCAAAUGUGGCAAUGGCUCGGUCGGCUGAAACAACCAGACGGUGGCUUUCAGAUAUCUGAGGGUGGUGAAGAGGAUGUAAGAGGAGCAUACUGCGCAUUGGUUGCCAUUUCCCUCCUCGAUCUUCCUCUUUCACUGCCGGCGAGUUCCCCAGCUCGGAGCGCCGGCUUUGAAACAUUUAUGGAUGGCCUCGGCGAAUACCUCUCUCGCUGUCAGACAUAUGAAGGCGGAAUUUCUGCCUCGCCCGGCAACGAAGCUCACGGAGCAUACGCUUUCUGUGCCAUUGCCUGCCUCUGUCUCUACAAUACUCCACACGCUGCAGUAAACAAGUUCCUUGACGUUAACGCCCUGACUUGGUGGCUUUCUUCACGACAGUAUGCACCUGAGGGUGGAUUUGCAGGUCGGACCAACAAGCUCGUGGAUGGAUGUUACAGCCACUGGCUAGGAAGCUGUUGGCCGCUCGUCCAGGCUGCUCUGAGCGGUCCUCGGGGAACGGCCAGUGGACUAGGACAUGACGUGAGGGAGAAUCUCUAUAGCAGCGAAGGCCUUGCAAGAUACAUACUAUGUUGCUGCCAGGCACAGGAUGGUGGGCUUAGAGAUAAGCCUUCGAAGCGACCCGAUUCGUAUCAUACCUGUUAUACGUUGACUGGCAUCAGCACGGUGGAACAUUCACAUUCCUACGGGCCAGUUGACGGGUCUGAUGCUUUUGCUUCGGCCUUCUCAUGGGAGGCUUGCAAAGCCCAGAUACCUAGCGAGGCCGAUCCCACUAAGAUUUUUGAUACGGGAGCGCAUGUCAGAGCUAUCCAUCCAGUCUACUCGAUCCCUCAUGAAGCUGCUCAGGCCAUGCGGAAUUGGGCAUUGUCUUGUCCCCUAGGUGCAUAA